CCAACUGAAACCCAACCGACAGAAAAGCCAACUGAAACCCAACCGACAGAAAAGCCAACUGAAACCCAACCGACAGAACAGCCAACUACUUCACCCGAUGAAGAUGAUGGAGGAAUCGUUACAUUAACUACAACUAUUACAACGACUCCAACUGAUAUACCAACUGAAACGCCUCUUGCAAAAAGAUCAAUUAAAGCAUAUAAUUUAGGAAAUAAUGAACUAAAACCAAGAGCAUUUGAUGAAGCUACAACGAAAUUAUUGGUACCAAAUUCUUUAGGCACAAUAACAAAUAGUGGAAUCGUAGAAUUUCAACAAAGAAAUGAUAAUUCUGACAGUAAUAAAGUUUUAACUUUACAAUUUGAUGGCAAAAUAGAUAAAUUAAAUGGAGAAAAAGGUGUCGAACUACCGGAUGGCAGAUAUAGAUUAUUUUUAGCUGUUUUAAGGCCUUUUGGAAAUCCCACAAAGAAAGAUCAUUGGGAAACGUUUACUUCUUCUAUUAUUGAAAUUAAAAGAUAA